CACUGAGCCAGGUUGGAUUGAUUGAUUGAAAACUAGAAGCAAAUUGAUGAAUGAUUAUUCAGCAUCUUCUUUGAGUUUUUCAUUUCUUCCAGUAACAAAGGUAUCAAAAUACUUCUCAGAUGAGAUAACUGAGGCACAGUGAAGUGACUCGCCCAAGGUCACACAGCAGACAAGUGGCAGAGCCGGGAUUAGAUCUUAUGACCUUCUGACUUCGAGAUCCGUGCUCUAUCAGUGGAUGCCAAAGCCAGAGAUGUUUGUCUUGCUUUAUGUUACGAGUUUUGCCAUCUGUGUAAGUGGACAACCUCGUGCUAAUCAGUUCAAAGGAGAAAGUCCCUCCCCAAGGUAUAUAUGUAGUGUGCCUGGCUUACCUGGACCUGCAGGUCCCCCAGGAGCUAACGGAUCACCUGGGCCACAUGGACGCAUUGGCCUUCCGGGAAGAGAUGGCAGAGAUGGCAGGAAAGGCGAAAAAGGAGAAAAGGGAAACGCAGGUUUCCGAGGGAAGACCGGAUCUCUAGGACCAGCGGGAGAGAAAGGGGACCAAGGAGAGACAGGCAAAAAAGGACCUGCAGGAUUAGGAGGGGACAAAGGAGAUGUGGGACACACUGGAGUUCCCGGACCCAAAGGAGACAGAGGGCAGCCGGGUCACCGGGGCGUUCCCGGGAUCUGCAAGUGUGGAAAUACGGUGCUCAAGUCCGCCUUUUCGGUGGGCAUUACCACGAGUUACCCGGAAGAAAGGUUACCGAUAAUCUUCAAUAAAGUCCUUUUCAACGAGGGGGAGCACUACAACCCUUCCACUGGAAAGUUCAUCUGUGCUUUUCCGGGAAUCUAUUACUUCUCUUACGAUAUCACUUUAGCCAAUAAACACCUGGCCAUCGGAUUGGUGCAUAACGGGCAGUACCGGAUUAAAACCUUCGACGCUAACACCGGGAACCACGAUGUCGCCUCUGGAUCCACGGUGAUCUACCUGGAGCCGGAAGAUGAAGUCUGGCUUGAGAUCUUCUUUGCGGACCAAAAUGGGCUUUUCGCGGAUCCCAGCUGGGCAGACAGUUUAUUUUCUGGAUUUCUCUUGUACGUCGACACGGAUUAUCUGGAUUCCUUGGCUGAGGAUGAUGAACUGUGAUGGGGGGGGAUGGUGAUGGCAACGGACACGCAGUUCAAACAGACACGGGAUUUAAUCUGGGAUCCGCGGAAGGCAAGACAGCAGGGAUGCUAUCGAAGACACUGCCGGUGAAAUCCUAAAGAAAUUACAGAGGUUACCAUCCAAAGUAAUUGAGUGGGAUGCUCUACUCACCAGCUAGGACCGCACAGAAUGAAUUACGUAGAACCGUAGUUCCAGAUAUAAAUCCUCUUGAAAGCAAUGUUCAUAAAUAUUUAAACAAAUGAAAGAUAAUGUCAACAAAUUUUAUAUUAAAUAUAUUGAAUUAGAAUACCUGCUGGCAAUGGUACUGUCUUAUUAAACUUUCUGGAACUCUUUCAGUUAUUAAAGGGAAUCAUAACACCGAGAA